UGUAAAUACAUAAGAUCUGUGCGGUAUCUAUGUAAAUUUCGCAGAAGUUUAGUUUGUCCUGUAUUAGUCUCGCCAUGUAUAUAAGUCGAGAAGAACACCUGAUGUUCGUGCACUCCCAGCCAAAGCUCGAACGCAGCAAUGGAAAGCACUCCAAUGAAGAUCUCCUCUGAUAAAGAAGCUAGGGUUACGCUCUUCGUCGUCCUCACUUGCAUGGUUGCCGGCUCCGGCGGGCUCCUCUUCGGCUACGACCUUGGGAUCUCUGGUGGAGUGACAUCCAUGGAUUCUUUUCUGAGCAAAUUCUUCCCCGAAGUUGUUGCAAAUAUGAAGAAAGAAGGGCAUGUGAGCAACUACUGCAAGUUUGACAGCCAGUUGCUGAUGGCUUUCACGUCGUCGCUUUACAUUGCUGGCUUCGUCGCCUCUCUGUUGGCUUCGCAGGUGACUAACAGAUUUGGUCGGAGGUCCUCCAUGCUUUUCGGAGCUGUGCUGUUUAUCUGUGGAGCAGGACUCAGUGGCGCUGGGUUCAAUCUCUUGACAGUCACCCUUGGCCGGAUUCUUUUUGGGGCUAGCAUCGGCUUUACUAACCAGUCCAUCCCCUUGUACAUCUCGGAGAUGUCGCCGCCGAAAUACAGGGGAGCCAUGAACGGCUUCUUCGAAAUCAGCCUCAGCAUCGGACUUCUAGCCGCAAAUAUUGUAAACUACGGCACGCAAAAGAUCAGAGCCGGGUGGGGAUGGAGACUCUCCCUCGCACUAGCCGCCCUUCCUGCCUCUUUCCUCCUCAUCGGCCUUCUCUUCCUCCCUGAAACCCCAAGCUGCAUAAUCUAUCGCAACGGAGAUUCACAAGAAGCGUCCCGUAUUCUACAAAAGAUCCGCGGCACCUCCGACGUCCAAAACGAACUGAAGAGCGUAAUCUCCGCAGCCGCCGACGCCUCACAAGCGGCAUCGGAUCAUCUCCUGCACAGACUCGCUCGACGACAAUAUCGCCCUUAUGUAGUCAUGGCUGUCGCCCUACCUGCUUUCCGCCAGUUCACCGGAAUAAAUUUCAUAACUUUCUACGCACCGGUGAUGUUCCGGAUCAUCGGAUUCAAAGAAAGCGCGUCACUUUUGGCAGCAUUGGUGACAAGGCUUACAGCGACGGUCUGCAUUGUGUUGGCCAUGGGGUCGGUGGAUAAGCUCGGGCGCAGGAAAUUCUUCUUCGUCGGCGGUUCGUCCAUAAUUGUUGCGUUGAUGAUGGUGGGAGGAGUAAUGGCAAUGAAAUUGGGGGAUCAUGGGACAAUGAGAGAUGCCUAUGCCUACCUGGUAUUGUGCUUUCUGUGCAUCUAUGUGGCAGGUUUUUCCUGGUCGUGGGGUCUGUUGCCAUGGCUUGUGGCGAGUGAGAUCUUUCCUUUGGAGAUCCGAUCGGCGGGGCAGAGUGUUUUUGUUGCUUCGGAUUUCUUAUUCGGCGCUGUGAUUGCGCAGAGCAUGCUUUACAUUCUCUGCUAUUUGAAAUUCGGUGUUUUUUUCUUGUUUGGAGGACUGGUGGUGCUGAUGAGCUUGUUUGUGUAUUGGUUGUUGCCGGAGACGAAGGAGUUGCCGUUGGAGCAAAUGGGCAGGGUGUGGGAGGAGCACUGGUUUUGGAAGAGGUUUGUGGAGUCGGAUGAGGAGAGGAAAUGAAGAGAACGUGCGGAUAUCUUAGGAGGGCCUGAUUGGCAAUUUCUAGGAUUUAACCGAGUCGGACAUUGGACUUUCCAUUCCUCCUCCAAAGGUUUUAGAGAUUUGGUUUCAAUGUUCCGAUUGAAAAAAAAGAAAUAAACCAAUU